AUGACAACCCCCUUCGGCCACCCCAUGAGGGAGCACUUCCUCUUCGACGCCAACUUCAAGAACCUCAACCAUGGCUCCUUCGGCACAUACCCCCGCGCCGUGCAGACCGCGCUGCACGAACACCAACACGCCAGCGAGGCGCGCCCAGACCACUUCUACCGGAUCGCGCGGGCGCAAGGCAUAGACGCAUCACGACGCAUGGUCGCCGAGCUGCUCAACAUCCCCGUGAACGAGUGCGUGUUCGUCAAGAACGCCACGACGGGCGUGGGCACCGUGCUCCGUAACCUGGCCUUCCAGACCGGCGACGCCGUCGUCUACUUCGACACCAUCUACGGGGCCGUGGAGAAGGGGCUGCACUCGCUGAUGGAGUCGAGUCCCGUGGCCGCCCGCAAGGUCGAGUACGAGCUGCCGAUCCGCCACGAGGAACUGGUGCGACGGUUCCGGGACGUGGUGCGUCGGGCGCGCGACGAGGGGUUGAACGUCCGCGUUGCGGUCUUCGAUACCAUCGUCAGCAUGCCGGGCGUGCGCUUCCCCUUCGAGGCCUUGGUCCGUGUGUGUCGUGAGGAGCAUAUCCUCAGUCUCGUGGAUGGCGCGCAUGGCAUCGGCCAUAUCCCGUUGGAUUUGGGCGCGUUGCAGCCGGAUUUCUUUACGAGUAAUUUGCAUAAAUGGCUGUUUGUCCCCCGCGGCUGUGCAGUCCUGCACGUCCCCCUGCGCAACCAACAUCUGAUCCGGACCACCUUACCCACGUCCUGGGGCUACAUCCCCCCAGGCCAGGUCACCACCACCACCACCACACAGGGUAAAUCUGCCUUCGAAUAUCUCUUCGAACACGUCGCCACGACGGACGACACACCGUGGCUGUGCGUGCCGGCCGCGCUGCAGUUCCGGAGGGAGGUCUGCGGCGGUGAAGACCGCAUCUACGCGUACCUGGAGGCACUGGGGCGGUCAGCCGCAGAUAUUGUAGCGCGUGCGCUGGGGACGGAGGUGAUGCAGGAACCGGGGCUGCAGGAGGGCGAGGUAAGCCAGCUGCGGAGGUGUGGAUUGAGUACGGUGCGGUUGCCGAUUGCCGUGGCGGCUGGUGAUGCUGCGAAUGCGACUGCGGUGACGAGGGUGUCGGCGGGCGAGGAUGGCACGUCGUAUCUCCGGAUUCACUCGUCGCUGGUCUCGACGGUGGGUACGUGGUUUCGGGAUACGCUGUUCGAUCAGUAUAACACGUUUGUGCCGGUGUUUCAGCAUGGUGGGUGGCUGUGGACGAGACUCAGUGCGCAGGUGUAUCUGGAGGAGAGCGAUUUCGAGUGGUUGGCGGGCGUGUUGAAGGAGUGUUGUGAGAGGGUUGAGACGGAGGCUGGGCUGUCGGCGAAGCUUUGA